AUGAUUGAACGUUUGCAGGACUUGGAACUAGUCGUAGGCGAUCCGAAAGGCGCCGCGCACAUAUUGAAUUCGCCAAACUUCCAACGCAAUUACUCCGAUAGGGUGGCUUUGAAAGAAUUCUUCGGGGAUGGGGUGUUCAAUGCCGAAGGUGAACAUCAUAAACGACAAAGAGCUGUGCUUAACACGGCCUUCUCGCCAUCGAAUGUUCGAGAGGUAUCACAUGUCCUCUUUGACCUCGCCGAACGACUCAAACAAGAAUGGGAAGAAGAGCUGCGGAAAGCUGGACCCUCGGGCAUCAUAUCUGAGAUCACCACCAAAAUGCAGCGAGUCGCCAUCGACGCCAUAAGCAUGACAACCCGACGUCCCUCCGGCACGCUGACGCUCGUCGCGGAGUCACUCGUCGACGCGUUUCCCAUCCUGUACAAGGCACCCAGCCCCAUGCGGGACUGGACGGUCCUGCUCCGGACCGAGCUCGGGAAGAUUGCGGACAGGAUAUGGAAGGACAACGAGCUGCAGAAAAGCAUCGGCGGAGGGGCGAUGCACUCGAAGCUGCUGGAUGCUAUGGGUAGCAGCAAGAUGAUAACUGGUGAAUCGAUGGAUCGGGAUACGGCGAUUGCCAAUAUGUGCGCAGUCAUCUUUGCCGGCUAUGAGACAACAGCGAAUAUCCUUUCCGAAUGCCUGUACGAGCUGGCGAAACAACCCGCAAUCCAAGACAAACUGCGAGCGGAGCUCGAAGCUUUCAUCGAAGAAAAAGGACGGGAGCCUAACUACGAUGACCUCACCGGCAGCGAACUUCCAUAUCUCGACGCCGUCGCUCGCGAGGCGAUGCGCACGAAGGCUGUCUUGUUGACCGUUACUCGUGCUGCCGUGGCCCCCGACACGAUACCCCUGCACUUUCCCCUUCGUUCUACGGGAGCGACGGAUGUCGUUGUGACUCCAGGACAAUUGGUCCAUGUCCCCGUACGGGAUGGUAUACAUUCAGACCCCGCGAUCUGGGGCCCGGAUGCGGAGGAGUUCCGCCCUGAGCGAUGGUUAGAGGAGGUCAGCGGGCCUUUGCCUGAGAUGGUGAAGAUGAUUCGUGCACCUGGACAUUUGCUGACAUUCGGGGAUGGACCGAAGACUUGCCUCGGAAGGUACUUUGCCAUGGCAGAGUUCAAGAUCGUCAUAUCCACCAUCAUCCGCCGGUUCGUGAUCGAAGAUGUGGAUGACAUAUACGACUUCUACCGCCAAACGAGCAAUACAAUCAAGCCCAAGAUUAGAGGGCGCGAGCAGGAGCCUCCUCAGCUUAACCUACGGGUCAGGUCGGUCGAUGAUGUGUAG